CGUUAUUUGCAUCCGACGAAUUGUUUAUUUGCUCAUAUGCCAACUCGUGCGUUCGUACAUUUAUCAAAUGAAACCAAUAAAAGCACAUAAAACAUGAUUCAGCGGGUCCAAGAUGGGUGACAGACACAGAAAUUUGGCCCAGUUCCCUGCUGCUUUGAACCCAUUCCAAGGUGGAGGUGACCAGUCUCGAGGUGGCGACAGCAGCACUGGAGUGCCAGCUUUGUCUCCUUCAACAGCAGCAGCUGCUGCAGCCAUGGCAUCAGGGGGCAACCCGUCUGCCAUCUGGGGGGAACUGAACCGUGCCAUGCAUUACAAUAACUACCAGCAGCAGCAACACCAACAGCAUGCAGCUGCAGCUGCGGCAGCUGCUGCUUACAACAGCUCGAGUGCUGUAGCUGCGUCUAGCUGGGGUCAACAGUGGGCACAUCAUAAAGGAGAUGGCUAUCAUGGGGGUAACUAUGAUGGAUCUGAAGGAGGUGUUGCUGGAGGCCUGAUGCCCGGUAGCUCAGGUCGUCGUGUGCCAAGCAAAGGAGAGACAAAAGCCACUCUUCCACUUCCACCAUCUCUGUCGUCGCACCAGCUUGGAGGUGAUGUUUACCGCAGCCUCUUGGCUCACCAGUACGACCAGUACAUGGCGGCUCUCAGUGUUGGACUACCGCCUCAUUCUCCCUCUCCAACUCACAGACACAACCCUAUACCCCCCACUCACUCCCCCGUGCCUCCCUCGUCCAUCUCCCCCAUCUCAACUUCUCGGUUCUCACCUCAGCAGCAACAACAAGCGGCAGCCAUCCUGGCUGCUGCUGCAGUCGCCGCUUCAUCUCCCGCUGGGUCUGCCACAACGGCCGUGCCUGUUGUUAAUGGAGGAGCAAAUACUGUUUCAGUGUCCAGGUCCCCUCACCUGCCUUUGUCUGCUGCACGUGCUUGUCUUCCUUCUCCAAGUCCUCCUCAAAUGACAAGCAGUGAGUGUGCUGAGGCAGCUGAGCGAGCUCGACACCGGCGCAAGCAAGACCAGCCUCGGCGUCAGUCAGUAAUUUAUAAUUCGGGGGUGCCUGCUGUAUCGCCGCCCCUUCCUUCAGACGAUAGCGGUGAGAGUUACUGUUCCCCUCCACCUUCUUCUCAGCCACCAAUGCCUCACCAUGACAUGCCCAUCAGCCAGGCCAUGAGCCAUGCCCUCGCUCAUCCUUUUCUUGCUGCUCAUCUCAAUGCUCCUCCUACCACACCUCCCGCCAAGUCUGACUCUCCUCUUCCUCCUCAUAUGACGGCCGCCUCAUCACCCCAAACACGUCACAGUGAUGGCGGGGAUGAUCGUCAACAUCUCGUUAACGGUUCUCUUAGUCGUUCUUCUACGCCUCGUGUACCAUCCUCUCUGAGCCGGCUUACUCCUUCCCCAAAAGAUGCAUUGCAUGGAUCAGUGUCUCUAAAUAACAGCCAUUUACACCAGAGUCCUCGUAACAGUCCUCUCAUGCACGGCGGUCAGGGACAUCGCACUAGUCCUCUUGCCGCUACUCAAAGGAGCAACACUUCGUUGGAUGCCUCACGGGAAGCUUCUGGUGGGGUGGAAGUACCACAGAGCAGUCCUCGCAUGCAUCCACAUGCUCAGAGCCCUCAAAUGCAAUCUUUGAGGGCAUCCCCUCACACACCAAACUCGUAUUCAAGCCAUCAUGAUGCAGUUCACACGCAGGGCUCGCGCAAUAGCCCUCACAUGCAGAUCUCUCACAACAGUCCUCAUAAGCAGAUCCCUCACAACAGUCCUCACAAGCAGACGUCACACAACAGUCCUCACAAGCAGACGUCACACAACAGUUUUCAUAUGCAGACAUCUCAUAAUAUUCCUCACACAAUGUCGUCUCCUCAUAAUCCUCUUAUACAUGGUUCUCGCAACAGUCCUCAGGUGCAGGUGUCUCACAACAGUCCUCAGAUGCAGGUGUCUCACAACAGUCCUCAGAUGCAGGUGUCUCACAACAGUCCUCAGAUGCAGGUGUCUCACAACAGCCCUCACUUGCAGACUUCCCAUGACAGUCAUUAUAUGCAGAACCCUUAUGACAGCCACAACCCUCAUAACAGUUCUCACGAACAAACUUCUCAUAAAAGUCCUCACUUAUCUAUUUCAACCAGCAUUCCGCACAAGGAGCACAGAAAUUCUCAGCAGGGCAUAACUCACAGUCCUCACAAACGUCACAGCAGCCCGCAGAUGCAAAGUGGUAAUAAAGACAAUUUUGAGAUGGAAAAUCUUGAAACAAUAACGCGCAAUGAAGCUCCGCCACGUGCUUGUUUUGAGAGCGAGACAACUCAGACGUCUUUGGGAGAAAGCGAAUCCAUGUCUCAAGUUGCAUCGCCGCGACCACCUUCAGAGAGCUCCCGUCAUUCAGACCUUUCGUUGGCAUCAGAUCCUUCACGGAACUCUGAUCUGGCUCGUAUGGAGUUGUCUCGUGUCCAUAGUCCGCUGCCUCCGUCAUCGUCACCUGUCUGUAUGAGUCUUGCCUCGUCUCGGUCGUCAUAUAACGGCCCGUUGCCCCAGGCUACUGCUACUGCUAGGGAAGUACCAGAAGACGUUGGAUCUGGCCCUAGUUCAGACUUUGAUAUAACGGAUGAUAGCCUCCUAGCAUCUCAUCACAUGCAUAAUUUUAAAGCUUGUUAUUAUAAUUCUGUUUAUUAUGGAGAUGAUGGACAGCCGAAAUACAUUGACGCUAAUGAGAGUGGUGGCAGCCGUAAUGGAAUGGCGCCUUUUUGCACAACUCUCACUCCUGCCCAAAAGAAGAGCUUAAGUCCUCUCAAGACAAUAAAUUUGGCAGCCUUAGACUCAUCUGACCCUCCUGAGGAAGAAGAAGCAACUCAACUUGAUAUUGACCGCCCGCGUAGUGACGUUCAGCUGGAUCAACAAACUAAGAAUUUGUCAAGAAAGUCGUCGUUCCCUACCCAAGUAUCCCCUAGUUUGGAUAAAGUAUCUACCGAAACUAAACAAACUUUGGCCGAAUCUGCAAAUGUUAAUAUUGACCAGUCCCUAUCAACAUCAAUUCAUCCCAACCGGGAUGGAAAGCCUUUUAAAGCCAAUUAUACUCAUAAUGCAAAUAAUCAUGAAUCUCUAAAUGCAAAUAACAAUAAUAAUGUAAAAGGCUUCAAUACUUAUGAGCAAGAGAAGAAGCAGGCACAAGGUCCCACUGUCUUGAGCAACUUGCCUAUGGACAAAUCAAAUGAAAUCAAUUGGGCCAUUAAUGGACUUAGGGUCUCUUCUGACGCAGCAACUGUGCAACAAGCUGAGGCAAAAAGUGCGUGUAAGGUUGAUAUAGAGUCUGCGCUGAACGGGGAUCGCAGUACUCUGCCACCAAAAAAAGGGCGAAAAAGAAAGCAUGAAUUUGAAUCUUUAUCCCAGCUUUCGUCUGCGGCUAUGGUUGACUCAGACCUUGGGUCUCCUGAAGGCUCUGAUACAAAACGGCGAACUCGGCAGCGUCGUGCUGUAUCCUAUGUUGAAGACGGGACAGAUCCUGUGCUAGAAAUGAAUGAGGACCACGCGCUUUCCCCACCGCCAAGCUUCUCUCCAACCCGAAGGAGGGGUCGCAAGAGCAAGGAAAGAAGACCUCAUGAUGGAGACGUUGGUGAUGGUCUCAUGGAUGCCUUGUCCCCAUCGUCAACUGUCACAGACUCGCUCUCUGCUAAAGAUGCUCUCAGUCCUGGAUGUGAGAGCGACAGGGAAAGCAGCAGCGCCUCUGCCACGCCUCUAAUGUCGCCUGUGGGGAGACUGAAAGGCGUUCGCGGCAGGGGUAGAGGCAGAGGACGCCCGCCCACCAAAUUAAUUGGCAUCGUCAACCCUCAGAUGAACAGAGAAAGAAGUGAAGACCCUAACGCGGACGCUAGAGUGCCAUUAUCUUCGCCAUCAGAUUUCUCUAGAAACGCCAGUGGUACUGAUGACGUCUAUGAUUUUCAAGAUUCGGACGUCAGUGGCAUGGGGAAAAGCAGGGGAGCUAAGAGAGGACGUAAACGUGGUAGUGGAAGCAAAAAAACUGAAUCUGCUGCGAGUUCUGACAAGGAAUUUACCAGCCCGACAUCUUCUGACAAGGAAUUUGACUCAGGAACUGGCGCUGCAUCGGCAAAUGCAGAACCGAGAAUUCCUUCUCCUAAACCGAGCAGUAUAAGUGCAUCAUCUGAGACUGCUAGCACCACUGUAUGUGCAAACACAUCCGCUGUCGAGCCUCAAAGGCCAAGUUUCCCGUUUCUAACAGUCAAAGAUCCAUCAGUAUUAUUGGAAAAAUAUGAUGGUAAGGAUGAUACCUCAAAUGAAGGCUCUCCUCCUUUCCAAGCCAUGGGGGACAUAAGCCAGUGUCUUAUCAACUCUCAGUUUGAUGGCAAGGAUUGUGAUAGCUCGGGUGACGGGUUCUCUCCUGGUGACAAAUGCGACGACUUGGACCUGAAGUUGCCGAGUAAUGUCUCCGCUCAGAAAGACCGGGACGACGAGACUCCGAGCAUUGCAUACAUUCCACGCAUGGGCCGCAACAGGGAAGCUCUCAUGAUGCAUUCGGCUGUCAGGGGAACUUCUGAAAAGUCCGCUAUCGAGAAAGUUUUGCUAUCUCUUAAUGAAAAUAUCGCAUCGCUGGACAACUCGAGCAGUCGCUUGAAUAUCACUAAUGUCUCUUGCACACGCGCGAAUAACACGCUUACUAGCCCUAUUGGCACAAAUGCAUCUUUAUUACCUAAUCCUCUUUCUUUCGUUAACACGUCUAUUUGCUCUGGAGCCAUGACUUCUGAUGUCAUAUCAUCAACAACGACAGUAGGAGUCUCUAGUUUAUAUUCAAAUACUCCCAACCACCCUUCAAAACAAAUUACAUCCAACUGUAAUCCGAGUUCUUGCCAGAUUGCGACUCCCUUAAAAACUACUUCUUCAUGCGUCAGCCCCAACACGACCGUCAUUUCUAUAGCCAUGGCAGCUGGUAGUAGCGCGGUGGAAACGACCUCCUCCAAGAUUCCUGAUGUUGAAUCUGAUGCGUCAACUGACCAAUCAGAUGCUGUGUCUCCUAGGGGCCGAGGGCGCUGUAUUCAGAGCAAAGGUCGCGGCAGCCGUAAAAGAGAUGGUUCUUCUCCUUCGACACAGCCUGCAAAAAAGACGUGCCAGUCCCAUGACAAAACUAGCAGGAACUCCACUGAAGAUGAACAAAGUCUUGAGAAUGCAAAGCCAGCUGCUUGUGCGGCUAAUAGCAAUGAAAAUGUUGCGGCUGUCAACAGCGCGAAAGGAAACACGGCAUCAGAUGACUGCUCUUCCAAAAAUGUGUACGUAAUGUCUAUCGCAGAAGCGGUUAUGAGUGGGACACGGCGUUCCAGUGCUAAAUUGAAUUCGCCCUCUACUACUCCAAUAAAAAAUACAUCUUACAGUGAUGAGCUUAGCUCUUUUAGCGAGGGCAGGCAAGCUCCAUCAUCAACAAAAUCGGACUGUCCGAUUUCUUUAACAUCAAGAGGCCGACGCACUUCAAGACGUUCUAGCCAAAAGUCGGAGCCUGACGUGGUGGUGCAGGUGGAAGUACAUCCUGAGCCUCAAUGUUCUUUAGCGUCUCCCCUUGAUAUAUCACCUGUUAAUGAUAAAAUUCUAGAUACUGUUCCCAUAGCUGUAAAUAAUUCACCAAACUCCAGCAGCGUUAGUAGAUUGCCGUGUCCUCUAAGAUUGCGGGAACAAGAUAACCUGGACCACAUCACCGUGGUGAGCGAACGCCAAGUCUCAGGGCUGAGGUCCUUCAGACAUUCUGAUGAAGGUAAAAUUUACGGAAGAACUGCGGCUUCUCGCGGUGGCGCUGCUAAAGAAAUGCCUGCAAACGGGAGUAGAAAUUCGCGUUCUAGCCGCCAAGAAAAGAACAAGCCUUCCUGCAAGGAAACUAGCUCUACUCAUCCACCGAAUGAAUAUCCAGAGUCGGGUGAAAGUGCCGACAACAAGUCCGAUUUGACUGGACCUCUCUCUAACUUGGAAGAAACAAAACCUCUUUGUACGGUUGAAGACGAGAAGAAUGUCGUUCCCGUGACAGUGUGCAGUGCUACUUCAUCGACUUGUACAAGUACUACCGUAUCUGAGGCGCUCUCUAAAACCACCCGUGUUGUCAGCAGUCCUCUCCUUACCCUCUCAGACCGUGGAAAUGGAUCUUCUGCGAAUGACACGGACUCUGAGACAGUGGAAAACAUAGCUAAGUUUCUCAAAUCUACGGCUGGAUCUUCGCCUGCUGUUACUGAGGGUAGUAUCGAAGAGGUUUCUAUACAUAAAGAGUCCUCACUCAAAAAUGCCCCCGAAGAACCUACUGCCAGUACAAGUAGUGACGUAAGUUUGAAAACUCAUUCGUCAAUUACUCCAUCUAAUUACCGGGAAUCUCGGCCUAAACGAACAGCGAAGCCUCCGCAAAGUGAAGAGCACAUUAAUGAGGUAUUGAUGCUUCUCAACAUGGACGACGAAGAGAGUGAAGAUGAAGAUUACGUACCUAAGGAAACGCCUGACAGCGAUGAUAACCUUAGUAACGACGCAAGUGGCGCUGGUGGCGAGUCAAGUCCCAGUGAUUUGGAGUCGGGUAUCGAGGAAGCAAAGCGAGACCAUCACCAGGACCCGCAGUCUUCACGGUCGACGUCGAGGAAACGGGUUUCUGGAAAAUCCUCGACCAAAGCAAAAAAUCGCAGAAGCAAAGGCAAGAAGUCAAAAUGCAGGACUGAAGGUUCUGACGGGAAGUCAAAGAAAACUCUUGAAGUUAGGCGUUCGGAGGAACCACUGCAGUGUAAUUUCAUUAGUCCGUACAUAUUACUGGAUGAAGAUCGAGUUGAAGAACAAAUAGUGAACGAGCCUGAAUCUCUGGACCGUGCGCCUCUUGUAGAACGCGCGUCUGGUGUGCAUUUCUUCAUGCAAGGGGAAGUCAAGUCUCGAAACUGCAGAGUGGGUUUCAGUAGCACCCUUCACAAUAACUACGAUGCGUUCAGUAAAGACAUCACGUGGUUUUGUGCGCUGUGCAAACAGUUCAGCCACAGCCACUUCUUAGGUGAUCUCUUCGGUCCUGUUUACAUCCCGGACAUCGUUCUCAACAAGAAGCACUUCCCGCUCAUCUCCGAUGGACAGGUUCAGCUUAAGAAUCUACGCGAUGGGGCUGAUCACCUUGGAGCUUCGCCGGUGCCUGGUCGCAACAAGUGGAGGCGCACUCCACGGCAUGAAUCCUCUUCUUCAGAUGGCAGGAAGGACGCGGCGCCGGACCCUGCCUCAGCGUCAGGGUCUGCGUCGCCUCCCUGGCGCUUCGUGCCCGCAGCCACGCCUGCCAGGAUGCUUAGACGUGCUACUCCUGACCGCUCUUGCGAUGGCGGGGCGGCGACAACUAUUCCUCCUGAAGGCGUCGUGGUGGGGCCCGGGGCCCGUGUCAACGUGACCCCCGGCAACAACGUUACUGGUGUCACUGGUGUUACUGGUGUCACUGGCUCUCCUGUGGAGACCUCAGGCACCGAGUGCUGGUUGCAUGAAGCGUGCCUGGUGUGGCUGCCAGGGGUGCGAGUUGUCAACAGCAGACUGCACGGCCUGGAGGAGGCCGUCAGGGAUGCCCAGCAGUGGGUGUGUGGUGAGUGCGGGGAGUCAGGCGCCAGCAUUGGGUGCCUGAAAAACGGAUGCCGGAGCAUGGUCCAUUACCCGUGUGCGCUGCGAGCAAAGUGGAGUGUCGAGCACGAAAUAUUCCACUCGCAUUGUCCCAAACACAAACGGUGUCUUACUGCUGCUACAGAUCAUGAUGAUCGUAUCAACGUUACAUCUUUGAAUGUGAACUCAAGUGUGCCAACUCCAAUGAAAAUUUCAGCUAAUGUCGUUCUCGGGAGUGAUCCUCAGAAGCCAAGUUUGUCAAAGAGUCAGGAUGCCUCAAGACCGCCGCCUACUAAAGUUGCUGCUAAAUCUGCAUCGCCUGGUGUUCCAGCCCAGCGAUGAUGGCACAUGUCAACUUGCGUAUACAUCCAGCAAUGAUGACACGUUUGCAGGGCCUCAGUUGUAUGUGCAUUAUUUAAUGUGUUUACUGACCCUAACUGUAACUCCUGCCACGCUCAGCUUGAUCUGCAGUGUGUGGUGAUGGGCGCGCUACUGGAAUAUUGUACAUGCAGUGCCUCUAUUGAUUAUGCAUCACUGAUGGCAUUCCUGCAGUUCUGCGUGGUACCGAAUUCACCCACUAUGUCUGCUGUGCCCAGCACAAUUCCGUCAAUGAGUGCGGAUGUUUCUAGUCGCUCUUGGUUUACUUGUAAGUCUUAAUGUCGUCUUACUCAGCGUCUGACUGUCAUUAUUACAUUGCGCUUCUGCUGUUGGUUUCUUCCAAUGAAUCUCACUCUUAUCUUAAUGCGCUUCUUAUGUUAACUUUAAGACUUCUCUUGUGUACAGCCGCUAUUAUGAGACCAAUAUUGGUACACUCUUGCUUCUGCACUGCCCACCCCCUCAUUUUUGACUGGCCAGACCGCCGCUUUGUCUGUUUCCUAAACACGUUUGGAGCCUCUACCAAAACACAGGAAUUUCUCAGAAGGGUGUUUGCUGUUGUAUUUCAUGGUAGUGGCUGUUGCGGUCAAUCUUUGAACUCUUGUCCUGAUUGAGCGAUACGGGGUUACAACAAAUAUGUGUGAUGCAAAUGUGCUUUUAUAUCUGAUAGCGACUUGGCGUGCACCUAAUAUUUUAAAUAGAACUUCCUUAGGAGCUAUUCAUUGUUUCCUUAGUCUAUCAUGUGAUUGCUGUGCAGUCACAAGAUUUUCGAAUUCAUAGCUUGAAUGUUACAUGACCACUUUUCAAGUUUAUGUACCUCAUUUACCAUGUAUUAGGCCCAUGCAAUUGAUAUGUAUAGGUCCAUGCAAUUUGGACAUUAUUUGCAGUGAUACCUUCCUACUUUGGACAUCCAAGUCUCUUGUUUUGGAGGUAACAGGCUUUUAUAGUGUGUAGAAUGUAGCAAAAAAUUAUCCGUUCAGAUCCUUUAUUCUCAAGCAUUUGGUCAAGAACUUAGUAUGAAUCUUAUUUUUUUAACUUCACCUGAAGAACUUGAUUCGAUUUUAGUCUUGCACGGAAAAAACGUUGUUUGUUCUGUGGCGGCCAAUGUGUUUUUACCUGUAAUGAAGUUUAACUAGUCUUGUAUAAAUUAAUAACUUUGGUGUAGAGGAUGACGUGAUAAUGGGCUGGUGUUAAUGAUUAAUAGGUUAUGUUGCGUAUAGCUCUCAUGCUAGAACCUCGCAAUUAUUAAUUGCGUUUCCAAGUAAUAAGUGUAUCUCCAAUUUUAUGAACGACGUUUAGUUAUCAAAAACAUAUUUCCGAACUUUUGACACCUUGAUAAUUUUGUUAAUAGAAAGGAACCUGUACACCUACUUUUUUUCUCCAUGAAUGGUGUUUGAGCGGCGAAAAUGACUGAUUGUUUCCAAGUCUCAUAGUUUUAAGAAUCUGUGAACGAUUCUUUGAUAAUGAUGUAAGCUCUUCUACAUGUAAGUAUUUCUCUCCAGAAGGCCUCUAACGAAUCCAGGAAUAUUUGUAUAUCGUAUUCUGUUUGAAGAAUGUCUUCAUAUCCUCUUUUGAAGUGAAAUUAUGUACUGACAAUAGGUGAGUAAGCGUUGCCGAAUUAAGUGUAUGUACCGUAGUUGGUUCUGGAAUCGUUCCCUUGCUGUGCAGUUGCUGUAGUUCCGAUGUGCCGUAUUAGAGAUACAGAGUCGCCCUGACUUGUUACUGCGUGGGCUCUUCCACGUAUUCUAGGCAGUAAUUAUGACAGUAUCUCUUAUUUUAAGGGAGCUACUCUAUAUGUGCGAGAAUGUUUGCAUAAUAACUGUAGUGUAAAAAAGAAACUCAUGUUUUAUAGAUCUUUUUGACUCAGUUUCACUGAAACGUUCGCGUUAGUUGCUGAGAGUCUAUACUGUGUGUCAAAUGUUAGACCAAAUGUUACCCAGCCACUCACCGGCUACAAUUGUGCGGUAAUUCCUGGUACAAUAUACUUUCGGAAUGCAUCUUUUGUGCCCAAUACUUAAAGGUCCUUUGCCAAUGCCUGGAUCAUUUUUGUUGUGAAGAGAUUGGUUAUAUAUAUUCAAGAUCACCUGACACUCGUUAUAGUUACUUUGAGUCUGCACUCCCGAUGUAUGCCAUGAAUGUUGUAUUGUAUAUAAGAACAAGCCACUCCUAACCUAUUCAAUUUCUUGUCGAGAAAGCUAUUCAAUGUUUUUAUGAUAGCGGUGACCCUCUAAUUGAAUCCCGGAAAUAGGCAAAUUUAUUCACCUAUGAUGAAAAAAUAAGAUCGGUAUAUGCCUAAGUAUUUUUCCAAAGAGUAAUCUCUACUUAGAACAUCUCGUGAUAAUUUUUUUCUGCACCGAUAUUGCGUAUUUUUUAUUCGUAUUGAAAAAAUUAUCUCUAGUUUAAUCAACUUCCUUUACGUGCGUCCUGAUUGUGUAGGCCGUCGUGUCGUGCAGUGUGCGAGGGUGGGAGCUUUGGUUGUCGCGGUUGUGCGCUCUCUACUUUUUUGAGCAGAUUACCUCCGUUUUUUUAUUCACAGCAAAUAUUCUACAGAUUGUCCGCACCCAACGCUAAUUUUCCCGGCAUGGGCAUCAGCAGCCUAUGUGUGCCUGCAGAUCACCUGUGGGUUGCCUUGCUCUCUUUACUCACAGCGAAACAUUAAGCUGCCAUUGUUGUGAAGGCUGUUCCAGAAAUGUCGGUCACGCACCGCCUAGCCUUCGACCUGGUUUUUUAGUUUGUAUGUUUGCUCCAUUGCUUUUCUUUAAUUACAUGUAUAUUUAGUGGGCAUCGUAGCUCCUAUUCAACACUCUAUGUCUCGUCACAUUUUAGUCUCAUCGCUUUCCUUGUUAUGCUUUUAGGCAUUUUAUUAUGUACAGAUUUGAUCCAGAUUUACUAUUUCUUACGGAUUUGAUGCUACUGAUUGAUCAGUGGUAUCUUACUAGCUGAGCAGCUCUUUAGUUUUUUUUAAUGGAACCAUGAUCAUCCUGCAGCCUAUGAAUGUAUACAAGUGAUAUCCGUUGUAAAGUAAUUUAUAACAUCAUUCUCUUAGGUUUUAAGUCGCUUCAAUUGCUCGGGUGGACGAGGUAUUUGGCAGCUGUUUACUUUCAUGGCUCUUGCACUUCGUCGAGAAUUUAGUUGUGUGGCGAGAAUUUCGUUUGUGGUGUAUGAAAUUUAUAGGCCACAUUUGAUCGAGUAAAUGCAAAUUUUUCUCAUUUGCCUCUAUCACGCGUCCUAUAUUUACUAGUUCAAGCUUAUGGUUUGGAUGGGUAUGCACUUCUAAAAAAAAUCCACCGUUUUUAAAGCUUGCCUGAUCAAAUACGUACAGCUGCUGAACUUUAAAAAUCGUCGUCGUAAGGAUUUUAAAUUUUUUAUUUAGUGUCCUCAUUUGAAGACAUUGUGUGUGUUGCUGGAGUCACAAAUUCGUGUGAUAUGAGAUUGAAAGAUAUUUAAUAAAGAUGAUUUGACUUUGAAAAAUUUAUCAACUUCGUCUGUGAGUUUUCCGUUAGCGUUAAUAUUUAGUUUUAACGUAAAUGUUAAAACUGCCAUUUUGACGCUAUGCGGCAAUCCCCUUUUUAGGCUGGUGCGACUAGCUAUGUUCUCUUGGGUAUAGAAAUGAUGCAGACCCUUCUGUAUAUUUUCUCUUGUUUGUACAAUAGCAUAUUUGCUUCGUGAUGGCCACUUUGUGUAGUAUCUUCCUUCUCUGUCGAGCGUAGUCUUCCUGAUUAAAAUGCGUCGUAAAUGAUGAACCUUCUUUCCAAUUCAAUGCUUCUCACUUGCAUAAUUUCCUUAUCUUCCUUUGGCCAUGUGUGUCUACUCUAUAAUCCGUGUACGUGUAGUUUGCCGCACGUGAUGGAAAGAAACCCAGCUUAGUUUGCCGCACGUGAUGGAAAGAAACCCAGCUUAGUUUGCUGCACGUGAUGGAUAGUUACAGUUUCGGGUUCAGAUUUUAUCCCGCGUAGGGAAAUCACCGUAUUUAUUAUCGUACUUAGUGAGACCUAUGAACAGAUUUAGAAGAAUAAUUGACACGUCAAACAAUUUCAACGUAGCUACUGUUUAACGUUCAUUUAACAACUUGUACGACUUUGAUAGAAUUCAUAGAGUAAUAUUAUUCUGAAAAAACUGUGGUUUGAAGUUUCCCUAUUAAAUUGCCAAAUGUUUUUUUGCAAGAUUACGUCGGCCACUAUAGUGCUGGUGCGAGUGUUCGCGAUGCCUCAGCGUUUUGAUGAUUUUAUAUCUUUCUUUGAUUAGGACAUGGACUGAAUUUCAUUGUAUUUGCUCAAUUCAACUUAACAGCCUUUUCUUGUAAUAUCAAAUUAUUAUCGUAAUACACGAGUGUUGCCGCUGUGUGCAUAGUAGAUACUGCGCGAUCCAAUUUAAGCCUUAUCUAUUUCAUAAAUCUUAGAUUUCUAAUAGAAAACGUUUUGCUAACGUAGAUGUUAUAAAAAGUAGAACCGAAACUGUCUUGCAUGUCUCGAAGCUCUUCUAACAAGAGGGCAAUAUCUAAGCGUGCUUAGUUUUCAAUUCAACAUUCCAAUUGAUUGGAUGCAACCACUUUUUUCUGUAUUCCGAAUGGUCGUUUACGUGCUACUUUCAUGUCGAUAUUCCAUUUCCAAUUUGUACGUGAGGGCAAUGCAUACCUAUGGUUCUUUUAACUGUACAUCAUUUGAUAUUUCUCAAGCCCGCGUGAUUAGGUAAGCUAUUUAAUGAAGGAACGUCAUCGACUUGCUCUCUGCUUUAUGUUGUCGCUCCCGUACGAAUAUCCUAUACUGAUGUAUUCUAAUGUCCAUGUCACAGAUUGUCAACACCGGCUUGCCAAUGAGGGAUAUUAAGGGAAAGAUCAAUGUUCUUUUUUAUCACACUGUGCUAGUGAUUACAUUGUUUACUACUUUAACUUCAAAACAGAAAAAAAAUUUGUAGUUAAAUUUGAACACGGGGAAGUAUUUUGAUCCUCGUGCGUGGGUGUGUUGGUGGAAGAGUGCCAACCCACUUGAGGUAUUCGUUGUGACAUCUUGAGUGGCUUUCGUCAGUUGAUAUUGUUACCUGUACACGCAUACCUCUGUAACAUAAUGAAGAAACUGUAUCAAAGUAGCAUGUAAAUACCGUUUAUUAGCUUAAGUAUGAAAUCAUAGCUAACAUAACAUUUCCAUGCAGAACGUUUUAGUGUCGUCAUAUGCCUACAUGAAAUUAAAGUAUAUAUAUCU